ACCCUACAUAGAUCCCUGUUGCUAUGUGCUGUGUUGCAAGUACUAUAUUUUAAAGAAAACUAUAGUUCACUUGUAACAACACCACUACAUGAAAGCAACAACAUAGUAGACACUCUUAUUUGGCCGCCUAAAGAAGAACUUACAAACUAUGAUAAUAGCAUGGAGAUUGAUUUGGUAGUAGUUCAGGAAACAGAUGAAACUUCAAUCCCCUAUUCUGAAUGCUCUUUUGAUUAUAACUCUUGGAAGAAUUGGAUGAUGAAGUCUGGCACAAUAGUUAUUGACAUGUUAAAACAAGCAUUAAGAAUUAAAGGCCAGAAGUUUAGGGAAUUGUUUGCUAUGGAUUCAAAAUUGCAAAACCAAGGUAGUGUGAUAAUAGAGACUAUGCUGAAAUACAAGCCUUUACAAGAUGUCUGA